CGAGAGAACGAAGGAUGUGUAAACCGUGAAGUUAGAAGAGAGAGGAAGAAGAGAGAUCAGCGGCGACGGCAGAAUAUUGCCUCCCCCCACGGUCUGAAGGCGGAGAAUCUAUUUUGCUGUGUCUACAACACUUUGUACAGAGUACGGAAUACAGUCUUUGAUAAUUGCAUUAUGGGUAAUUUAAAGCAAGAUUUGUCGCACGAUGAACCCUGUCAUCCGCGUGCUAAAAACUCAUUUGAUGAGGCCAAAUGCCAGGCUCAAAUUGAUGCUUUAUAUGAAUGCUGCAAUGCAUUUUACCAAGAGCGAGGUGACCAGGCAUCUACCGUCAGCUGCCCCAAAGCAAAUUUGCUGCGAUUGAAGAUGAAACAGCGAGCUCAGGCAGCAGGGAAGCAAUAG